AAAGAUGGUGGAUCGUUUGGCAAACAGUGAAGCAAAUACCAGACGCAUAAGUAUAGUUGAAAAUUGCUUUGGAGCAGCUGGUCAACCCCUCACUAUACCUGGGCGGGUGCUAAUUGGAGAAGGAGUAUUGACUAAGUUGUGCAGAAAGAAGCCUAAGGCAAGGCAGUUUUUCCUAUUUAAUGAUAUUCUUGUAUAUGGCAACAUUGUCAUCCAAAAGAAAAAGUACAACAAACAACAUAUAAUCCCCUUAGAGAAUGUCACCAUUGAUUCCAUCAAAGAUGAAGGAGAAUUAAGGAAUGGGUGGCUUAUCAAGACACCAACUAAAUCAUUCGCAGUGUAUGCUGCCACCGCCACCGAGAAGUCAGAAUGGAUGAAUCACAUAAAUAAAUGUGUUACUGAUUUACUCUCCAAAAGUGGGAAGACACCCAGUAAUGAGCAUGCUGCUGUGUGGGUUCCUGACUCUGAAGCCACUGUGUGUAUGCGCUGUCAGAAAGCAAAAUUUACACCUGUUAAUCGUCGUCACCAUUGCCGAAAAUGUGGUUUUGUUGUUUGUGGGCCCUGCUCUGAAAAGAGAUUUCUUCUUCCAAGCCAGUCUUCUAAGCCCGUGCGGAUUUGUGACUUCUGCUAUGACCUGCUUUCCACCGGGGACAUGGCCACGUGCCAGCCCACUAGAUCAGACUCUUACAGUCAGUCACUGAAGUCUCCUUUAAACGAUGUAUCUGAUGAUGAUGAUGACGACGAUGAUGACAGCAGCGACUAAGAACACGUUUUGAAAUAUUUAAUUGGGCUUGACUAUUUGAGAAAUCAGCUGUGGCGGAAAUGUCAAAUUCUUUGCUCUCAGUUACUCUACCCGCGAAUUUGCCUGAGAAACUUUGAACCUAUGUGCCUCUAUCUCUGAUAGAAACUAGGCCCCUUGCCUUCUGCUCCUUCCUGGGCUCCAACAGAGAUACAUUGUUGUUGGGAUAAUGUUUUGGUUUCUUGUUUAUUUCUAGAUUAUUUUCUUGUAAAUUGGGGAGAGAUGUUUAUUUAACAGAUCUUGUACAUUUUUUCCCUGUUAAGUGGAAAAAAUAUAAGCACAGAAUGGGAACAAGAGUAUAAUGUAACUAGUUAAUAGUAGCAUAUUUCUGCCAUUCUGUGUAAUGGUUAAGACACCAGUGACUAUGGUUUGGAAAUACCAAGUGGUGCCUUAUUGUAAUGACACUGUUACAUGAAACAAGCCCAGACCCUCUCAGUUUUUGGUUGGUUUAAAGACAUCGGUGCUCUUGGUGAUAAAAUGAAUCUUUAUUAAUGAGUGUAAUUCAAAGAACUAAAUUUAGAGGUGUCUUCAUUCUGUAUGAAUACAUACUUUUCCUAAAAUAGUUCUGGUUAUAUUUUUAUAUCUUACAGGCACCAGAUCACAGUGGUCACAUACAUGUUUAAAUUAAUAGGUUGCCAUUUUGAAGAGUUUGGUUUGACAUUUAUCACUAGUUUAGAAAUGGCAUAUUGCAUUAGCUUUGACUUUCAGUAAGACUUUUUUUUUAGAUGCAGAUUCAUCUGCUUUCACAUUAUUUUAGAAUGAAAAAGUCUUCUUAUAAAACCUUUGGAAAUAAGAGUCUUUAUAAAAAAAAAAAAUCCCACA